AUGCCUGAUUUGGUGAAUGACCAUUCUAAGAAGUGGCCUGAGACCGGCAAUCAAUUCAUGAAUUCAACAUUACCAAAGAUUGUUCCACAGCAAUAUAAAGAUAUUGGGGUUCGGAUACCCUCGAAGGGCUGUUGUCGGUGCAAAAGUGGCAGCGGGGCAUACUGGGUCUAUUGGCUUCUAGUCUAUGCGUUCCACGGGUAUCUUGAACUCUUGCGUGAUCUUGGCCAUGUUAUCGACAACUAA